CGGCGGCUGCCGGCAGACUUCCUAACUGGGUUGUCGCUGGCAACAUCCCCUUUCGUCUUUCUUUCACAUUAUCAUGGCCGAUUUUUCUCAGUCCUCAGCGAACAGAAAAUAUCUCUCCGACGACGAGAUUGCCGAAGUCGCGCGAAAGCUACGUAUUGCUGAUCCCAACAAGGACAACGGCGUCUUCAACAGCGUGACUCGCAUGGAGGCGCUCAUCUGGCUAAAGUGUAUGGGUGUCUCCGGCCUAUCACCUCCAGAAGCACGCGCCUUGUCCGACGAAGAAGUCAUCGAGAAACUCCGCUACGCGUUGUGGGAUUCUCAAAGGAUUGACAAUCUCUUUCACGGGAAAACUUACCUGACCUCUUCCAAACUUGACGUUACUACGUUUCCCGUCUGGCCAAACUGGGAGAAAGAAAAGACUGAACUCAAGUCGAACAUGAUUGGUGCCAUGCAGAUGGAUGGAUUCAAAGACGCGAAAAGAAUGGACUCCUAUGUCUUUCGUCAUUUCGCGACCUCUGCUUUCACGCAAAUGGAAAACAUGUCCAACGCUGCCUAUACAGCUCCUUCAGACAUCACCGGCGCGUGGAUGGGUACAAAGGCGACAAUGAGCAAGGCCGCGUUGGACAUUACAAGAGAAGGUGGAAACGACACCCUCUUUGUUACAUAUUUCACGGACAAUGAUCAUUUACUCCUCAUGGAAAUCCUGGACGUCAAGCAAUGCGCUUGGCCUGAACCUUCCGACAAGCUCAUGAAGCAACUAAAAACCGCUCAAGAGAGCAAGUUUGGACAUCCCGCGGAUGGUCCCCUAGUCCCAAUGAUGCAAACGCCCAAAUUCCCGCUGGUGCUGGUACGGUAUUCUUACAUGGAAGGACGCCCAAAGGGCGGUUCCCAGUUCACUCUUUUCCUCGAAUCCAAGAUCAAGAAGAGCAUGCCUCGAGCGUCGGCGAAGCAAGUACGCGAAAAACUCCAGUAUCAUAUGCAAUGCGGGGAGAAGGUUCCAGAGGCCCAUUUGCGGAUGUUUGCCCGUCUUCUGUCGUACAAUUCCGAACUCCUCGACCCAGCUUAUUCAGAAGACCUUCAGUCGCACUGGAACGGCAUAUCUCAAGCCGCAAUUAAAGAGACUAGAAUAAGCUUCUUCGUUCCUUGUCUUCGACUGCGAUGGAGGGUCCUGGAAGAGAUCGAGACCGGAGUUUCUAUCCAGCAACUGGGAACGACCUGCCAAGCUUGCGGGAAAAUAGCAAAUAAACUCAUGUGCAACUCAUGCAAAUCAGUGUAUUACUGCAAUGCGGAGUGCAACAAGGCCGACUGGCCACGACACAAAGAAGUAUGCAAAACGUCCAAGCGCCUCUUGGACGACCCAUCCAGUUUCCCCUCGGAUAGACUCUACAUUCCUGCCCGUACUUAUGUCGACCUGACACUCGAUUUUGGCUUUGCCGUAGACCAAGAGGCUAUUAAGUAUUCCGGCGGCACGGACGUAGGCGAUUCCAUCCGCAACGAGUACGGGGACGAGAGAUUCCUCCUGCGGACGCAAAUGCCUCCCGAUUACAGCCACGAAGGAGGAAAAUAUAAAGGCCAGAGCAUCUUUUGCUUUGACCGACGGAGGAGUAUCAUGGUGAGGACAUCUCCGGGCGAUCCGCCCAUGGCACGCGAGCGAGGAUGGCCACUGCGAAUCCCGUUCCACCCUGAAGGACAUAAGCGCUACACGCAAGUCAUCAAGACUAAGGGCAUACAGGGUCAGCUCAUCUAUCUAUGGGCUAAGCGCGUGGGAGAUGCGGUGGAGAUUGAUCUCGUGGAUGUACCCGACCAGAGAAAGAUAUCGUGGAAUUGAGCUGAGCCGAGCACGCAUUGGACGUGCGACACCCUCAUGUUUUCAACGCUACUGACAAGUCUCGCAUGAUAUAUUUUUGCACACUAAAAACAAGUAGCGAAUCAUCUUGUUAUAUUGUACAACAAAUAUUACGUCCCUGUAUGUUUUCGGACUUUCUCAUGGGCGUUUCGAUGUCACUCGAAAUGAUAUUGUAUUGACAAGUAACACAGACUGACAUUCUACCAAUGUUGGUCGGUCAUUUCGAGGUGGUCAGCGGGGCAAGUUUUUUGCCAAUUCGGUAAAUAUCUUGGAGCGUGGCGCCGACUUGAGUCAGCCGGAGCGCUAGUUGUCGGGUUUUUGAUAUCCUUGAUGAAAAAAUAGAUUCAAGUUGUUCAUGCCAAUUCACGCCCGUCGCAAUGGCAGGCCUUGAUAUCCAUAUAUGGUAGCUUCGUCCGCUUAAACUCCUGCGCUUAUUGAAACGUAGACCUGUAACCGGUCGUCUUCUAUAUAUAGAAGACGA